AUGUCCAUCGUGAUGGACUUCAUCGAUGCUGCGCAAAUGGUUGUUGCCAUGACCGGCGACUGCAUAGGCGAACUAGAAGACCCUCCCAACUGUGCCAACGACAUCUUCGGCUUCAUGACCGACAUCGUGGACAUCGCGGAUUCCUCAGCAGGUUUGGCCAUGGCCUGUGCCGGCGAAGUUACGACUUGCGAGCAGAUCGCAAUGGAUAACUGCGAGGAUGGCAUGGGAAUCGCGCAGGACCUGAUCGGAGCUUCAGGCAACUGCGACCUUGAUGCUUUCCUUUGCAUCAUCAACGUUGUGGAUACAGCGAGGGACUUGAUCAGCUGGGCAACGGACAUCAAAGCAGCGACCGAGGUUUGCCCCAAGGCGCACAGGUCAUAUUUCCUGAGAUGGCUCCACAAAGAACAUCCCGGCUGGUUUAAGUACAGCCGCCUCUUGAACCAGAGUUCAGGCAGUGACGAAGCGGAGACUGUGAUCCCUGAAGCGAAAGUCAGCCGGCUUUACAAAAACGUAAUCAACGGCGACGUGCUGGCGACGUACAAAAGGACCCCCACGAGGCUCGGCUUGGUCGCCGUAACACACGACGGCCCCAUCCUAGCCAUUGACACGCCUGGUGUUGUCAGAGUGGGCAGUGCCUAUGCUAUACCGACCAGCAAUUUCUUGCUGGGGCAAAAUCACAAUCACAACUUUGACAGGCGCCUGUCAGCCAAGGUGGAGCUCAGCCCGCUCCUAACGUUGCACGACACCGACGUCGAAGUCUUCUAUUUUGGAGACCUGGACUUUCCUCAGGAUGAGGCCGAGGGCAUCCACGCGAGCCAGCUGGAGGCGUUCGAGUAG